UGAUCAUGCUUUCACUAAAGUGUUAGUCUGUAGUUAAACUGUUAAAACUUUGCGAUUCUUUUUUUUUGCUCAGGCAGCCUUCUGUUAAAUCUGGCAUCUUUUUUUUUUAAAGGGACAGUGUCCUCUUUUCUGCAACAUGGACUGACCUGAGCGCGCAACAGACGCCGUCAUGUUCAGGGCGCAUGCGAGUGUGAAAGCCAUGGGGCAGCUCACUGACAUGAAGAUUAAACCUGGCUGCAGUGUUUAUAGGAAGCUGGCAGGUGUGCAGCGGCUCACAGCGGCCGCUCGCAGGAUGAGCAGCACCAGACCAGCUCCUCUGCUGACGGCCGCUCCUGUUCGCGCCCUCGUCGACGAGCAGAUCAGCAUCAGGGGACGCUUCCUGCCCCCCCGCUGUCCCGUCACAGUGUGGGCAAGGAUGCACAGUGACGAGGGAGACCUGUGGGAGUCAUUUGCUCAUUAUAAUUCAAACGAGAGUGGAGCUUUCAGCUUAACUGGUGAUCCUUCAGUCGGCGGCUCCUAUUUGGGCUGCGAGCCAAUGGGACUCUUCUGGAGUAUGCAGCCAGCUCCUGGAGGACGGGAAGGUUUGAGACUGAGGAAGAAAAAUGUGGAGACUCCUUACUUGGUGCACAUCUCCCUUCUGGGAGGCCACGUCUCUCCCAGCGGAGGCCAGAUCUCUGAGCUGGCCGCUGUGACAGCCGAGCGGUGGUACAUGGCACCAGGAGUCAAGAGAAUAGCGAUUCAUCAAAAUGGAAUCGUAGGGACCAUGUUCGUACCCCCUGGCCCAGGCCCGUUUCCAGCCAUGUUGGAUCUGUGGGGAAUGGGCGGAGGACUGCAAGAAUACCGCUCCUCUCUCCUUGCAUCCAAAGGCUACGUCAGUCUGUCUCUUGCCUACUUUGGCCACAAAGAUCUACCUGGUCCGCCAGAUCGUAUCAACGUUGGGGAUUUAUAUUUUAAGGCUGCCUUCCGCCUGCUUCAAGAUCACCCUCAGGUCGUCUCAGACAGAAUCGGGAUCAUCGGCCUCUCCUUCGGAUGCUACCUGACGCUUCGCAUUGCUACCAGGACAGGAGUUAAACCAUCUUGUUUGGUUUGUAUCAAUGGCCCUAUGGGGAGUACGGUACCACUCACCGAUUCAGAUGGCAGGACUGACCAGUUUGACAGCUUCCAGCAAUAUUGGACUUUUGACGAUGAGGGCCGUGUGAUUUUCAAAGACGUCUCCUUGCCUGCUAAUCUGCCUCCCGACAGCUUUGUUAAGCUGGAGAAGCUCGACUGUCCUCUGAUGUACAUAGUGGGCGAAGAUGACCUGAGCGCCUCCAGCACUGAGAACGCAGACCUGAUUGAGGAGAAUCUGAGGACUGCUGGUAAAUCCCACCUGUUCACCCGCUUGUCCUACCCCGGCGCCGGUCACCUGAUUGAGCCGCCCUAUUCCCCCAAUGCCAGAUCCUCCAUGUGGUCCGUCAAACCCAAGAAAUUGAUCACCAUGUGGGGUGGACACCCUGCUCCCCACGCUGCUGCCCAGGAGGAUGCCUGGAAGAAAAUCCUGGAUUAUUUGGAAAAACAUCUGAGAAGCUGAAUGUCUCCAGAGAUGCUGAAUUUGAAAAAGGAACAGGGCUGCUGCUGCUGCUGGAGGAUUGUUUCUGAGUCUGUGCUGCACCAUCUAAAUGCCAGCCAUUUCAUUUCACCCAUUAAAGUUCACAGCGGACUACUGAUCUGCGUAAGGUGCUCGCCACCUCUGAGAUGAGGCUCCAGGUCUCCAGUCUAUACAGGAUAAAGCGUGGUGGAUAGAAAUUAAGAGAUUUAACAACAACCUGCUUCUCUAAAUUGGUGAAAAUCCAAAACUAAUCAAGUCACACUACUAGAAAAAUGAAGCGCAAACGUCCAGUUUUCCUCAGAUGUUUAAUGGGGAUUCGGUGUAAACAUACUGUUCAGUGGUUGUGGCUCGGAGUGAUAACUUCUUGACAUGCCGAGGUUACCAUGGCGAUGAGGGCUAUGAACUCUUUGAAAUCGAUCUCCAGGUCUCCGUUCUGGUCCAGAUCAGCGAAAAGCUUGUCCAGAAUGUUCUUCUUCCUAAUUUUCUGUUCAGAAGGAAAAUUGUUCAUCAAGUGCAGGAAAUGGAAAAAAUAAACCAGACAAGAUGGAAAAAACUC